CACACACGGAUAAAUGCUGAGACAUAACUCAUUAUAUUAUAAUAAGUAGAUCACGCAGUAUAAAUACAACAGUAGCAACAGGGUUCCGAUCAAUAUAAUUCUAUCCGAAACAGAUCACGCACAACUUAAAUCCAACAACAUGGUUUCUAAGGUUGUGAUUUUGGCUUCAGCCAUGUUGGCCGCCGUCGCCGGAUCCCCGGCGUACCCAUCACCCGCCUACUCGGCACCCACCCCGUACGGCUUCGAGUACAGCGUAAACGACCCGUACACGUACGACGUGAAGAGCCAACACGAGUACAGCGACGGCAACGGUUACGUCAAGGGCUCGUACAGCCUUCUGGAGGCCGACGGUUCCACCCGCACCGUCGAAUACACCACCGACGACUACAACGGUUUCAACGCCGUCGUCAAGAACGAAGGCGGAUACAAGGCCCUGUCGUACUCGGCACCAGUGGCGUACAAGGCCCUGUACAAACCAGCUUACUGAUGAAGACCCGCGUCAUGCGUUCUGUCUCCUUUUAUUUAUUUCGAUUUCUUUCUCGUUGUCGAUUUAUUCGCGGUAGUAGAUAAAAAAAAAAAAAAAAAACUACGCACCGGUUAGGAAAAUGGCAUUUGUUUUUUACUGUUAUCAUGAAAUCACCGUUAUCGCAGUGCAUGCGCAUAUGUGUGCGACUGCCGAGACGACGGUUCGAACAAAUGUCUCGUCACUAUCGGCGAAAAAUAUUCGAAUACUGUUUGGCUGACUGCGUCCUACGGAAGUCCGUUCCGAGUAUCGAGCCGGUGGUCGCGAUUAUGGGUUCGGAAAAUUUGGAUGUAACCGUUGGAAUUCCGUCCUUUGAACUGCAGUUGUAUUUAACUGUGUAAUUGAAAUUCAGUAAUGCACUUAUGUGUGAGAACGAUACGUGAUCUCAGGAUUUCCGGGAGGCAUUAUGUAGCACUAGUCAUUAUAAAAACGCGGUUAGAAAAAUAAUUUUUUAAUGAUUCGUGAGAACUCCGUUAAAAUCGUGAGUACUUGUGAGUAUUAUGUUGAUAUUGCUGCGUGACGUGUUAUAAAAAUCAAGCAUUUCAUCAGAGAUAUUAUAAUUAAGAUUAUAAUAGACUUUUUUUUAUGAAUGUCUUUAUAAUAUUACUUUGCAAAAAUGAAAUAAUAUUUUAUGAAAAGAGUUUUUGAUUAAAACUAAAGUAUUCAUCUAUUUUAUCAUAUAAAAAUGAUAAUAAUAUUAUAUUUAUAAUCUUAAAACUUGAUAAAAUCUAAAUUGUUAACGAAAAUAAAUUUUAAACCAUUUGCAUAAAAUGAUAGUGCCUUGCAGCACUAGUUAGUUUCACACCGUUGCUUAAUGGUGUACAUAAAUCAUCCUUUAUAUUAUAACAUAUAGGUAUGAUUUUUGCCCACAUUAAAAUAUGAUUAUUUGUUCGAGUGAUUUGUUACAUACUAAUAGUAUUAUAAUAGUGAUUAGUAAGUAAUAACUUAACACGUUACUACGUUAACUUGCUGGUUUGGCCAGUGGUAUUUAGGGUAUUCAAUUUGAAAAAUAUCAAUAUUAUUAUCAAUUAAUCCUAAGUAUUUCAACUUUAAAAUAUCGUUUUAAGGUUUUUUGUUAUACAAUUAUUAGUGUUUACUAUUAUGCCAUACAUAUUUUUUCUCCUUUUGGUUAUUAAUACGAUAAAUUCUUGUUAUUAUUAUUUUUUAAAAUAUUUUCUUAAAAUUUACUAUAUUUAAAAUUCAAUCGAUAUAAAAUUAUUAUUGUUUAUCCGUUUAUGUUAUAAUACAUCAGUAAGUAUUUCUUUUAAGUAACAAUAUUUUGUUAUGUAGAACUUAUAAAAGUUAAACACCAACGUGUUAGAUUAUUACACGAACACUUACUUUGAAAACAUCAUACACAAUACAAUUAAAGAAACACCCGGACGAU